AUGCAGAAAGUGUUGUCAGAAAGGAUCAAGAGAAUUCCUCAGUUGAAUAAGAGUUCUACCUCAAAUUUGGGUCAGAAGACUGAAUCUACAACGCCCUCUCUUAGUGCGGGAGUGGCAUCAAGACCUGCCACCUCCGCUUCUUCAGGGCCUAUUGCCAAUAUGCCAAUUUUUCCUACUGCUGCUGCAAAUCCUCCAGCUAGUGGUACUAGUGUUGCUGGUGUUACAACUGCAACCAACUAUGAAGCUGUCAGACGUGCUCAGGAGCUUGCUGCCAGGAUGGGAUUCCGUCAUGAUCCACAAUUUGCUCCUAUAAUAAAUAUGUUUCCUGGCCAAACUGUAACACCCGAUGGUACUAUCCCUCAGAAACCAACCAAGGCUCCUGUUCUUCGUCUUGACGCCCAGGGACGGGAGAUUGAUGAACAUGGAAAUGUUGUUAAUGUAACUAAGCCAAGCAACCUUAGUACAUUAAAGGUCAACAUCAAUAAACAGAAGAAGGAUGCAUUUGAAAUACUAAAACCUGUGUUAGAAGUUGAUCCUGAAUCGAAUCCUCAUUUUGAUGAGAGGAUGGGUAUCGACAAAACAAAGCUCCUGCGGCCCAAGAGGAUGAAUUUUAUGUUUGUGGAAGAAGGAAAAUGGUCAAGAGACGCUGAAUCAAUAAAAUUGAAGAGUAAAUUUGGAGAAGCUCAAGCAAAAGAGCAAAAGGCCAAACAAGCGCAGCUAGCAAAGGCAAAGGCUGCUCCUGAUAUAAAUCCGAACUUAAUAGAGAUAACAGAGAGAGUUGUAAUAAAAGAAAAACUGAAGGACCAAAUUCCCGAAAUUGAGUGGUGGGACCUGGCACUUCUGCAUUCUGGAAAUUAUGGUGACAUUGCUGAUGGACCUAUAGGUGAAGACAAACUGAAAAUGGAAAAAAUCACCUUUUAUGUGGAGCAUCCUCGUCCCAUUGAACCACCUGCUGAACCUGCCCCCCCACCACCUCAACCCCUCAAGCUAACCAAACAGGAGCAGAAGAAACUCAGGACCCAAAGACGAAUAGCUAAGGAGAAAGAGCGGCAGGAGAUGAUUAGACAGGGUGUCAUUGAACCGCCAAAACCAAAGGUCAAGAUGAGCAAUUUAAUGAAAGUACUAGGGGCUGAAGCAACUCAAGAUCCCACGAGGCUUGAAAAGGAAGUACGAAAUGCAGCUGCUGAGCGUGAGCAGGCUCACAUAGAUAGGAAUAUUGCGCGCAAGCUAACUCCUGCCGAGCUGCGCGAGAAGAAGGAAAGGAAGCUGUUUGAUGACCCAAAUACAUUGGACACACUUGUGUCACUUUACAGGAUUAAUGACCUCUCUCAUCCAAAAGCCCGCUUUAGAGUUGAUGUUAAUGCUCAAGAAAACCGUUUGACUGGAUGUUCUGUGAUUUGUGAUGGUAUUAGUAUUGUGGUGGUUGAAGGUGGUAGCAAGUCAAUUAAGAGGUAUGGGAAACUUAUGCUUAGACGUAUUAAUUGGAGUGAUUUUUCUAAAGAGAAAGAAGAAGACGAAGAUUCAGAUGAUGACAAGCCUGCCAAUAAAUGUGUUCUGGUUUGGCAAGGAAGUAUUGCCAAACCAAGCUUCAAUAGGUUCAGUGUUCAUGAUUGCAUCACUGAAGCAGCUGCUCGGAAAGUUUUUGUGGAUGCUGGAGUUCCUCAUUAUUGGGACCAAGCUGUCAACUACGUUGAUGACGAAGCUUCUUGA